AUGGACCACUACUCUGAUCAGGGUUGUGAUGAGAUCGAGCUGCUUGACUGGCUGUUCGAUCAGAAUAAUGGAAUGCUUCCUCAUGAGCAAACAGGAAACCAUGGCAACCAUCACACUUGGCCAAUUCAGGAUCCAAAUAUGCUGCUGCCAGCUGAACAGGCAGACAAUGACUUUCUGAAUGCCCUCCUGAGUGCCGGCGAUUCUGUGUCGGGCUCGCCUCUGUGGUCCCCCUCACCCAGUGACAGUGGCAUCAGUGAGGACCCCCCGUCAGACCAGAUGGACAGUCCUCAGCGCCCCGAGAGCCCGCCUGAGGAGGCCCAGUAUUUCAGCCCCCAGCCUCAAACCAAGGCGGCCCUGGAAAGCAACUUCUCUAUUGAUCUCAAUAGCUGGGAGCCUGGCUUCCCAGCAGGCAGGGCUGCAGUGACACAGUAUCCUUCUGAUGUGCAGAGACCCCAGCUGUCUUCUGGCUUCCCUCUUACUGUCAAGGACCUGCUGCUGUCUGGCACACCGGAGCCACCCCCUCAGCCAUCCCAGCAGUCCAUUCAAGAGCUGGUUCUCAAUGAGGAUGAGAAGAAACUCCUAGCGAAGGAGGGGGUGACUCUACCCAGCCAGCUACCACUCACAAAGUAUGAAGAGAGGAUUCUGAAGAAAAUACGCAGAAAGAUUCGUAAUAAGCAGUCGGCCCAGGAGAGCCGCAAGAAGAAGAAGGAGUACAUUGAUGGCCUGGAGAGCAGGAUGGCAGCAUGCAGCGCACACAACCAAGAGCUGCAGAGGAAAGUGUUCCAGCUGGAGAAAUACAACACAUCACUGAUGGAGCAGUUGCGCAGGCUCCAGGCUCUGGUCAUGAACAGCUCCAACAAGCCAGCCCAGACUGGGACGUGUGUUCUGGUGCUGCUUCUGUCCUUCUCCCUCAUCCUGUUCCCCAGCCUCAAGCCCUUCUCCGACACCAAGGUCAGCCAAGGAGACUUCAGUCCGGUCAGAAUCCAGUCACGUUCCCUGCACAGCCUUCAGGCCUCCCGUGUUUUGCAUAUGACCGACCCUCCAUUCUCCGCUGAUGAUGAACCCGAAUCUCUGCACCGGCAUUUCCCAGGAGAUCUGGGCAUGGAUGAAAUUACCUCACUGAUUAGCAAGUUGGGGGUGGAUCAAGAACUGUCCGAUUUGAAGCCCAUGUCUCUCAACAGGAGUCAGGAAGAAGAGCUCAGACAUUUUCACGGAGAUCCCAUUACAGGACGCAUUGCUAUGGUGACCUUGGAUCCACACCAUCCUGCCAAGCUGCGGCCACACGCUGACGAUAUGUAA